GAAAUAGUCACACUACUUCUCCAGCACAAAGCUAGCCCAAUCGUAUUCGACAAACAAAAGCAGACACCUUUACACUUUGCUUGUCGAUCUGGGGACUUGGGCAUCGUCAUAACCCUAGUUGGGGCGUUGAUUGAGGAGCGCUCAAUUGACAUCCGAAAUGAUAGCAACGAAUCUGCCCUCCAUAUUGCAGCUGCCUGUGGACAUUUGGAGAUUGUCAGGUUCUUGCUUGAAAGCGGAGCGGAAGCUUUAGCUGAGGAUAGCGAGAAGCGAACACCAAUUGAUCUUGCUGCAAUCGCUGGCCAUUUGGGCGUGUUGAAGACGCUC